CGGGAUGGAGCCGCCAUUUGCGGGCGGCAGAGGUUGCUCUGUCAGUCGGGACAUGAUGGAGCGCACGGUGGACGAUAGCGCCGCAGAGGCCGUCACUUCAGGUCCUGAUUGCAGUUCAGCCCCAGUCCAUGUUCAAGACCAACCGUGGAACAGUGGGCGGGUACUUCUUGGCCGGGAGGAACAUGAAAUGGUACACUGUUGGAGCCUCGCUUUUUGCCAGUAACAUUGGAAGUGGCCACUUUGUUGGUUUGGCAGGCACAGGGGCAGCAAAUGGGUUGGCAGUCGGUGGCUUUGAGUGGAAUGCCUUGUUUAUUGUGCUACUUCUGGGUUGGCUUUUUGUUCCAGUGUACCUGACAGCUGGGGUCAUCACCAUGCCACAGUACCUAAUGAAAAGGUUCGGAGGAAACCGAAUUAGACUGUACCUCUCCCUCAUUUCUCUCUUCCUUUACAUAUUUACCAAGAUUUCGGUGGACAUGUUCUCUGGAGCAGUUUUCAUCCAACAAGCUUUGGGGUGGAACAUCUAUGUUGCAGUAAUUGCAUUGCUGAUUAUUACUUGUAUCUACACUGUCUCAGGAGGCCUGGCUGCAUUGAUGUACACGGACACAGUACAGACAUUUGUGAUCAUCGCUGGAGCUUUUGUGCUGAUGGGAUACUCUUUCCAUGAAGUUGGGGGCUAUCAGGCAUUGUUUGCCAAGUACAAGGAUGCCGUGCCAAUUCUUCAUGAUUCAAUAGAUCCUUCCCGCUAUAACAUCUCUGACAAGUGCUAUCUUCCUCGUGCUGACGCAUUCAAUCUUCUGCGAGAUGCAGUCAGUGGCGACUUACCCUGGCCAGGAUUGAUCUUUGGUAUAACCAUCAUUGGAGUUUGGUUCUGGUGCAGUGAUCAGGUCAUCAUCCAACGAUGCUUAGCUGCUAAGAACCUGACACACGUGAAGGCUGGUUGUGUUCUAUGUGGUUACAUAAAGUUGUUGCCCAUGUAUCUGAUGGUCUUGCCUGGCAUGAUCAGUCGAAUUCUAUACCCAGAUGAGGUUGCAUGUGUUGUGCCAGAGGAAUGUGAGAAGAUAUGUGGCACUCCAGUUGGUUGCUCGAACAUUGCCUACCCAAAGCUGGUGGUUGCCCUGAUGCCCAAGGGUCUUCGUGGUUUAAUGCUUGCAGUUAUGUUAGCAGCUCUCAUGAGUUCACUGGCAUCCAUCUUCAAUAGCAGCAGCACUCUCUUCACCAUGGACAUCUGGGCAAGAAUCCGGAAGCAAGCCAGCAACAAGGAACUAAUGAUUGUUGGCAGGAUCUGGAUUCUCUGUAUUGUCACGAUCAGCAUUGCAUGGAUACCUGUGGUACAGGCAGCACAAAGUGGACAACUCUUCGACUAUAUCCAGUCUGUCACCAGUUAUUUGGCACCACCCAUUGGCGCAGUUGUCCUGCUGGGUGUCUUUGUGAAAAGGAUCAAUGAGCCAGGUGCCUUCUGGGGUUUGAUCGGAGGUCUGGCAAUGGGUCUCUGUCGCAUGAUAGCCGAGUUUGUCUAUGGCACGGGCAGCUGCAUCUUCCCAUCCUCUUGCCCCUUUAUCUUCUGUGGCAUCCACUACCUCCAUUUUGCCAUCAUUUUGUUCAGCUGCACAUGUAUCCUGGUCCUCAUCAUCUCCUUCUGCACUCCAAAGAUCGAAGAAAAACAUCUCCAUCGCCUGGUGUACAGCCUUCGCUACAGCCAGGCUGAAAGGGUUGACCUGGACGUUAUUGAAAUGGUGAAGCCAACUCUGAAAGUACAAGAAGAAGUAGAAAACAGCACGGUUGGCAUGCACCCAGUGACAACAGCUGAGGAAGAAAAACCAAGGAAGAAAAAUAAUGUAUUUAUCAUUUGUUGUGCUUGGUUCUGUGGCAUUAGCUCAGAGCCAGUGCCAGAACCAACAGCAGAGGAGAAGGCAGAAGCUAUGAGGAAAAUGACUGACAUAAGUGAAGGAACCAUCUGGAGCAGAGUGGUUAACAUCAAUGUCAUUAUUAUGAUGUGUGUUGCUGUCUUUCUGUGGGGCUAUUAUGCUUAA